CUGGUGAUUAUGUGUAGUUGAUUCAGUUGAUUGGUUCAUCGAUAUUUCGUCGUGUAAAAAUUGCACGCUUUCGAAAUGUAUUUAGUUGGAUUGACUGGUGGUAUCGCCACCGGUAAAAGCACGGUUGCUGCUGUCUUUCGGGAACACGGCAUCCCAGUUGUAGAUGCUGAUAUAAUUGCCCGAAAAGUUGUCGAGCCAGGAAAACCAGCUUGGCAUAAAAUACAGAAGGAGUUUGGUCCGGAUGUGUUUUUGGACACCAAACAAUUGGACAGAGCAAAACUUGGAGAUUUGAUAUUCAAUGAUGUCGAAAAGAGAAAGAAACUUAAUGCCAUCACGCAUCCCGCGAUAUAUAAAGAGAUAUACUGGCAGAUUAUCAAAUACUUUUUGCAAGGUCAUUCGUUCAUAGUCAUGGAUUUGCCGUUACUUUUCGAAACAGGGCACAUGUUGAAUUACCUGCACAAAAUUAUAGUUGUAACAUGCGAAGAGGACCUUCAGCUUCAACGAUUAAUGGAACGCACUGGAUUUACAGAAGCUAAAGCAAAAUUAAGAAUAGCUGCGCAAAUGUCCUUGGAGAAGAAAGCAGAGAUGGCAAAUUUUGUAAUUGAGAAUUCCAGCAGUGCAAGAGAUACCGAGGAGCAGACCAUAAAAGUGAUCAACGUGCUACGAUCUUCCAAGCAUCAUUGGAAAUUGCGUUUUCUAAUCGGAUUUUGUUGUACCGUACUGUUAGCUGGCACGUAUUGGUUCAGAAGCAGGAGUUCUAGAUCUUUAUCCACUGCACCAUGAAAUUUUGUUCUACUAAAAUUAUUCAGUUUAGAAACAAAUAGACGUUUUCCGUAAAUCAUGGUUGCGUGAUAAGAGCGAGCGUGUAUUUUGUUAACUUUUGUACAGUAACGCAUGCGGAAAAUCGAAAUUUUUAUCAAGUAUAAAGCAGAUGACCGUAAUGUAUACAUUUGUGGAUUUGCAAUUUUGUUGGGCUAGUCAUUGUGUGAUAAAUUCAAUUCUUUUAUUCGACGCGACGAAAUAGAUAUCUGUACGAGACACGAGUACUAUUAGUUACACAAGUUACAGCUAUGUUCCAUUACAGAUGAUUACUCUUUUAUAAAACUAUGUUUUAAUUGCAACACUAUUAGAGCUAACGAUAGGGCAAAGGGAUACAUAGUAGUUUAUAUCUGUAUUUACGUGGAAGGGGCACAUGCAUGCAUGUGCGUUAUAUACGUACAUUUUAGGCAAUAAAAAAGUUGCUGUGGAUUACAUAAACUACAGCUAUCUUGCGAUCGAGUAAGAGAUAAGGAAGAGACAAAACGAGGUAGUUGCUCGUGAGCGCUCGAUUAGACAGCUCUCGUACAAUUGCUACAUCGAAUUACAAGUUAAACUUUUUUGUAUAAUCUGUAUUGAAGAUGCAUCGUGAAUGAGUCAUGUAAUUAGCUACUAGCAAUGCACUCAUCAAACUGGAUGCAAAAAGUUAUAUAAUAAAUGUAAAUAAAACCAGGUAAUAUAUAUUAUUGCUAUUA